AUGUCGUCCCGUAUCAUCGACGCAAUCAAGACAGAUCACUGCGAGCUCGUGGACUACUACAAAAAGAUCCUCAACUCCACAAGCGACAAAGAAAAGGCUCAAUGGCAGAAUCAGUUUACCUGGGAAUUGGCCCGUCACUCAAUCGGUGAGGAGCUGGUCGUCUACCCACAGUUCGAGAAGAGGCUCCUUGAUGGACGCGCUAUGGCGGAGAAGGACCGUAAAGAACACCAAUCAGUCAAAGAACAACUCAAGAAAUUCCAGAACAUGAAACCUUCAGACCCCCAGUUUCAGCCUACCAUCACGGCCCUGAUGCAAGACCUAUACGAGCACAUCAAGGAAGAGGAGAGCCAGGACCUUCCUAAACUGGAAGAUGCCCUAGGGGCCGAGGAGAGCGAGAACCUUUCCAGAUCCUUUGGCAGGACUAAGAUGUUUGUGCCGUCGCAUUCGCACCCCAGUGCUCCUGACAAGCCGCCCUUCGAGACCGCUAUUGGUCUUAUGACGGCCCCAAUUGACCAUCUGACUGAUUUGUUCCGAAAAUGGCCGCAUACUUCUGGCAUGCCGAACCCGUCGACUAAAUAA